AUGGGGCAACUGUCUCUCAACUACUACGCCUCCAAGCCAUCGGAUGAAGACAAGCCAACCGAAAUGAAGGACGAGCGAAAUCAAGGACAACCUGGCCUUCUGGUCCUCCAGGUCCGUCGCCUGGACCUCCAGACUCCCGCCACCACCUUUGUCAAACUCAUUGCCAAAGCCGACAUCCUCGCCCUCCCGCCCAUCGUCUCCAUCGACUUCGUCCAGCGCUUCUUUGCCUACCAUGUCGCCGCUGCCCUCGUCCUCCUCUUCCAGCACAACAUGCAUCCCCUCCCCGACCCACUUCUUGCUAGAACUCGCAGGCUCAAGCUCCGCUGGGACACGCCCUGGGAGACCUUGCAAGCUAUGUACCUUCCUCAAAGCUGUCAGUAA